CGAAUCUCCGUAGUGGUAGUUCAUCAGGACUCUAUAUAUUGUUCCCAUAUCCACAGGAAUAAAGUGAAAAAAAUUAUCUCUGAUUAAUAUUGGAAGUGAGGAAAGGCUUCUAUAGAUAAACCUCGUUGCCGUAUCAGUAUGCUACCUGAUGGUGAUAAUCCGAGAUGCCCAUCAUUAGCUCCACUUCUUCAUCCUCCGACCUCAUUUCAGGAAGGAAAUACCUAUUUGGGGGGAUAGGAGUCUUCAUCUUGAUUCUGGGUGUGAUGCUUGCAGUUUACCUGAUCACUUCUUCAGGAAAUGAUGAAUCGUUCGUUCUGGAUAGGACGCCACUAUUCGCGGGGAGAAACAAUUUGGCACAAAAUCUAGAGAACUUGGUGAAGGAUGACCUUACUUUAGUGAAUCUGAAUUCUGACCUGACAAAUGACACAAUAUUUGGAUAUACCAAUUGUUCCCAUUGCAAUACUGACUUUCUUCGUUUGAAGAAAGGACAAGUAGGAUCUCAGUUCUGGGUUGCUCGAUCUGGAUGUGACAAUAGUACUAGAGUAUCGAAUGCCAUAACUCAGCUUGAUGUAAUAAAUAGAAUGAUCAAGAAUUACUCAGACUAUCUGCAAUUAGUCAGAUCUUCUAAUGAUCUAGAAGAUGCUUAUGAAAACAAAAAGUUGGGUAGUUUGAUGUUCGUCGACGGAGGACAAUCUAUCAUGAACAGCACAGCAUUUUUGAGGUUCUUUUAUGAUUUUGGAGUCCGGGCCAUGACGUUAGGUAGUGGAUGUAAUGACUCAAUCCUGAUGAAUUAUAUCGAAGAAAAUAACAACCUUACUGAUUUUGGAAAGCUUUGCAUUGGAGAGAUGAACAGACUGGGUAUGAUGAUUGACAUUCAGGGUCUUUCCACUCCUGUCCAAGAGCAGAUUCUGAAUAUUAGCAGAGCACCUGUACUGAUCAGCAAUACUGCAGCGUUCAUGAUAAAUAACUACCCAGGGAAUGUGGAUGAUGGUACUUUGAAUUUAUUGAAAAACAACAGUGGGCUACUGAUGAUCACUUUCGAUGCGCCCUCUUUAGCAAAUGGUGACAAUGUUACAAUAUCGGAUGUAGUAAAACAUCUGAACCAUAUAAGUGAAACAAUUGGCUUCGACAACAUUGCAAUUGGGGGUAAUUACGAUAGUAUUUACAAGAAACCACAAGAUCUGGAAAAUGUGUCAGACUUCCCUAAGCUCUUCAAGGAACUAAAAAAUUUGAAGAAUUCGAAUUGGACUGCAGACAACCUCGAUAAGUUGGCCGGUUUGAAUUUCAAAAGAUUCUUCAAAGAUGUGGAAAAAGCUAGGACUCAGUGACUCAAGAAAGGCUGCAAUCAGUGAGGAGUAAAACUCUGAAACUUCGACUAUUUUUAAUCUUAUUUUUAAAACUGUAAAAUGUUUGUUGUUGAAUUUCAAUGUGUUCAAAGAAAUUUUAAGGAGAUUGAAAAUUUUAAAGAUGUAUUAUACAUUAUUUAUUGGAUUUUUUAUAACUUUUAUUGCGUUGAAAUAAAAUAUAUCUACAUAUA